AUGACAAACAUUACCCCCCAGCCUUUGAUGUCGUACUGGGACUACGAGGAUGGAAACGAGACUAUCACAGCUGAUUCUUUUGACAGCGACUCAGCAUACGACGAUGGCGGCGAUAGGCCAGUCGAAGAUUUGACGCUUCUCUCCCAUGAGAGAGCAAACGUAUGCAAGUAUGAGAAUGGGAGAAGAUAUCAUAGGUAUCAUGAAGGACAAUACGCUUUCCCGAACGACAAUCAAGAGCUCGACCGAAUGGACCUACAACAUCACAUCUCGAACCUGGUCUUUGGAGGUAAACUUCAUUUUUCGCCCAUUACCACUGGCGAGGGAGAUCCUUCGCCGAUUCUAGAUAUUGGCUUUGGGUCAGGAAUUUGGGCUGCCAGUAUGGCCGAAAUGUAUCCUCACUCGCAAGUAAUUGGAGUAGAUCUCAGCUGGACGGAGCCAAUUUGGUGUCCGCCUAAUUGCAGACUCGAAGUCGACGACUGUGAGCAUGACUGGCUUUACAAAAAAGAUUAUUUUGAACUUGUACAUAUCCGGUAUCUCAAUGGGUCAAUACGUGAUUGGGACCGUUUAUUCCAACAGGCAUACCGACAUACCCGUCCCGGGGGCUGGAUCGAACUACAAGAAUGUGACAUCGAGCUCUACUGCGAUGACAACACGCUUCCACCUGACAGCAUGCUUCUGGAGUGGUUCGUCCUAAUAAACAAAGCCGCCACCGCCAGCGAGAGGCCCUUCAUAAAAACGCAACACUUCAAGUCUUGGCUUGAGCGCGCAGGCUACGUGAAUGUGAAGGACAAGCUGUUCAAAGUGCCAAUCAACCGGUGGCCAAAGGACAAGAAGAUGAAGGAGCUUGGACACUAUGAGAUAAUGAAUAUUGCUGAAGGGUUAGAGGGCUGGAGUAUGGCGUUGUUUACGAGGGUGUUGGGGUGGGAAAAGGACGAUGUGCUCGUAUAUUUAGAAAAAAUCAAAAAGGAGUUUAGGAAUAGGAAGGUGCAUGCGUAUUGGUCAUUAAGAGCUACCUACGGGCAAAAACCAAUGGACAGUAGUACCUAG